AAUCACACGAAGACACUGGGCCUAACCUACGUUUUUACGCCGGCUGGAAACAUCACAAAACGUGUUCUAUGCGUCGUUUUGUUAUUUCUUGGUAUAGUGGGAUUUCUUGGAAACUGUUGCAUAUUUUACUUUCUCGGGAAAAAGCCGAAGAGAGGUGUUAUCCAGACAAAUCGCUUCGUUACAAAUCUGAACUUAUACAUAAGGAGUUUAUCUCUGUCGGAUCUCCUUAACUCGGCAGUCUCGGCACCUCUACUCUGCAUUCAAAUCUCGUUUGAUGUAUUUCAAAGAGGGUGGGCUUGCAAGGCGGUGCGGUAUACUAACUUCUUGUUCUCAGCUGCUACCGUAAACACCCUUGUAGUGAUAAGUAUUGAGAAGUAUUUAGCGACUCGCACCGUUUUUCGCACAGUCUCAACCAGGAGCAUGCGCAGAAUGAUCAUUUUUGCGUGGUUACUGGGAGCACUCUUCAUGUUACUCCCUGCGGCGACAUAUGACGGAACAACUGUGGUCCUUAACGACACUCACUACACUGUCAUCUGUAAAAAUAACGAACACUUCUUUCCCUUUAGAGUAACAUGGAUCAUUCUUCCAAUACAGUACAUUCUUCCAGGAAUGUUCGUCACGUAUGUCAACCUCUGUUUGAUGAAAACCGUAUGGGACAGCGGAAGACGACAGGUUGCCACGGUGACGAAGAGAGAUUUUCAGGCCGAGCUACGCCUCAAAAAGAUUAGGGGGACCACACUUCUCGUUGCAUUAACAUUCUCUUUUAUAAUCCCUUUCUUUUUCUUUUUAGGAAACAUUGCAUAUACGCAGAUAGCUAAGCCACAGCGUGACUUUACAACUGAUUACGCGUGGCGUUAUGGAACGGGUUGUGUCGUGUAUUUGAGCGCUCUAUUGAACUUUGCAAUCUACUUUGUUCAAGUGAGAAGCUUUAGAUUAUUCGUU